UUAAAAGGCAUUCUAAUGUCCUAAUUAGAAUAUAAAGGAGAAAUGAAAGUAAUUUAAAAUAAUAUGCAUUUCAAUGUGUAAAUGGUAGGGCACGAUACCUAGAUAGUGAAAUAGUCAAGUGUUUCAGCCCCUGCUUAGAAAUUCUAGUGCCACAUGUAUGUUUGUCAAAUACCCCAAGCAAAGCACCUUACCAUUCCUGAUGGAUUUUCUGAAAUAGGGAACACUUCUUGGUAAUGUUCUGUGCAAACUAGCACAGGCCCUCCAUUUACAAGGUCAUUGUAUUCCUGGAAAAGCCAAUGCGUAUGACAAUAUGGGAGGUGGUUUUGUGUUUAUUGGGAAAGGAGGGAGACCUGUUCUGGCAGAGAGCUGGGGGUAUUGCGCCAUGUGGCAUGUCAUUGUGUCCUCUGUGCGUGGGGGUUUAAAGGGCUCAGAGAAGGUGCUGCAGCCUGGCUCUGAGGGCCAGUGGGCUUUUUUUCUCCCCCAGAAGCGGGCGCAGGAUGCCUUGAUCAUCCUUGGGGGUGGAGGACUGCUCUUCGCCUCUUACCUGACGGCCACGGGGGACGAGCAUUUCUACGCUGAACACUUGAUGCCGACUCUGCAGGGGCUGCUGGACCCUGAGUCAGCCCACAGGCUGGCUGUUCGUGUCACCUCCCUGGGGCUCCUUCCUCGCGUCACAUUUCAAGACUCCGACAUGCUGGAAGUGCGAGUCCUGGGCCACAAAUUCCGAAAUCCAGUAGGAAUUGCCGCAGGAUUUGACAAGCAUGGGGAGGCUGUGGAUGGACUGUACAAGAUGGGCUUUGGUUUUGUUGAGAUAGGCAGCGUCACCCCAAAACCUCAGGAAGGAAACCCCAGGCCGCGAGUCUUCCGCCUCCCCGAGGACCAAGCCGUCAUUAACAGGUACGGAUUUAACAGUCACGGGCUCUCGGUGGUGGAACACAGGUUACGGGCCAGACAGCAGACGCAGGCCAGACUCACAGAAGGUGGGCUGCCACUGGGAAUAAACCUGGGGAAGAAUAAGACCUCGGUGGAUGCUGCCUCGGACUACGCAGAGGGGGUUCGAGUCCUGGGCCCCUUGGCUGACUACCUGGUAGUGAACGUGUCCAGUCCCAACACUGCCGGGCUGCGGAGCCUUCAGGGAAAGGAUGAGCUGCGCCACCUGCUGACCAAGGUGCUACAGGAGAGGGAUGCCCUGAAGGGAGCACACAAGCCGGCCCUGCUGGUGAAGAUCGCACCCGACCUCACGGCCCAGGACAAGGAGGACAUCGCCGGGGUGGUGAGAGAGUUGGGCAUCGAUGGGCUGAUUGUGACGAACACCACAGUGAGUCGCCCUGCCAGCCUCCAGGGUGCCCUGCGCUCCGAAACAGGAGGGCUGAGUGGGAAGCCCCUCCGGGACUUAUCGACUCAAACCAUCCGGGAGAUGUAUGCACUCACCCAAGGAAGAGUUCCCAUCAUCGGGGUUGGCGGUGUGAGCAGCGGGCAAGACGCACUGGACAAGAUCCAGGCGGGGGCCUGCCUGGUGCAGCUGUACACGGCCCUCACCUACUGGGGGCCACCUGUGGUGGGCAGAGUCAAGCGGGAGCUGGAGGCCCUUUUGAAGGAGCAGGGUUUUCCCAGCGUCACAGACGCCAUUGGAGCAGACCAUCGGAGGUGAGGACACUGUUGGUGGGAAGCCCGGUCCAGAUGCUUCUUCCCACUAAGUCAGGCGAGCCUGUGGCUGGAUCGAGAGGGAGGACUGUCUCAAGCCACAUCCGCA